AUGUUGAAGGAGAGUAAUGAACUCAAGAAGAAGCAGAGAGGUUCUAGGGUUUGUAAUAGAGGACAUUGGAGAAUCUCUGAGGAUUCUCAGCUCAUGGACCUUGUUGCCCUUUAUGGUCCUAAAAACUGGAACUACAUUGUAGAGAAGAUGCAAGGAAGAAGAGGCAAGAGUUGCAGAUUGAGGUGGUUUAACAAGCUAGAUUCAAGAAUCAACAAAAGAGCUUUCAGCGUUGAGGAAGAAGAGAGGCUACUUGCAGCUCACAGAGCAUUUGGUAACAAAUGGACUAUGAUUGCUAAGCUUUUCGAUGGAAGAAGAGACAAUGCUUUAAAGAAUCACUGGCAUGCAUGUGCUCAUGGCAAGAAAGUUGAGGCAGCAAUCAAUGAGUCUUCCAAUAAUCCUACUUCAGAUCACAAAGCUUCACUCUCCCUCCUGCAUUCUGAGAUGUGCUUCUUGGAGUUCCUCCAUUGUAAGGAGCCUCGUGGUCUUCAAAUGUUCUCCUUUUGA